UUAACUAGACAGCCCUACAAAAAACAAGCUUCCAGCUCGGUCGUAGCUAACUCUGUAGAUUUUUACAACGCAUGAAAAUAAAGAUCUCCAAACAAUAGGACCCACAGAUUUACAAACAACAAUUUUCCCACAUGCACUCACAUGAUGGACAUGGGAAAUUCUAUCAUCAGCACAACAACAGUAGCCAUCCACAAGUUUUUUAAUAACAGGAAACGUCAGGAAAAUGACACUAAUCCCCACAAAAUGAACCACCUUUACUUUAUAUUUGUUUCCAAAUGGCUUUCGAAAGAUAAGGUUCGGAACUUUAAUAAUCCCACACUUUUUUGUGCUAGGACAGAGACCUUAUAAAACCAUAGUUUUGGUCCAAAAUUCUUUUUACAACUAUGGCAGAGCUAGAGAACCCAAAUAUGAUGCCCAAUCUCAUAACCUUUCUGUCUUCUCUUCUUCAAAAAGUGGCUGAAUCCAAUGAUGUAAACUGUGGGGUUGAGGUUCAGAAAAUUUCAGUGUUCCACGGCCUAAGUCGGCCGUUUAUCUCGAUUCAAAACUACCUCGACAGAAUUUACAAGUAUGCAAACUGCAGCCCCUCCUGUUUCAUUGUUGCAUAUGUUUAUCUCGAUCGGUUUUCUCAAAGACAACCCUCUUUGCCGAUCAAUUCCUACAACGUUCAUCGGUUGCUUAUCACGAGUGUGAUGGUCGCUGCAAAGUUCAUGGAUGACAUGUACUACAACAAUGCUUACUAUGCAAAAGUAGGAGGGAUCAACACAAUGGAAAUGAACUUCUUGGAAGUAGAUUUUCUAUUUGGAUUGGGUUUCAAGUUACAUGUAACCCCAAAUACCUUCCAUGCUUACUACUCCUACCUGCAAAGAGAGAUGAUGCUGCAACAUCCUCAAAGUAUUUCAGAAUCCACUUUAAGCCUUGGAAGGUCACUGAAACUACAGCUAUGUUUAAAUGAAGAAGAUUCCUCCCAUCAAAAGCAACAAUUAGCUGCUUAAGGUGUUUGAUUUAAUGUGUUAGUUCUGAAUUGUAGGUAGAUACAAAGAUAAUGAUAGUGACUUCACCUGUGUAGGCAUUCUGGGCUGGCAGAAUGAACCCACAUCACAUGUUCUCUCUCUCUCUCUUUUUCUUUUGGUUUGUUGUGGCUAAUUUGCUUUUAGUUUGGGGUAUAGGAUCUCAGAUUGCUUAUGUAUUGUGUACAGGUGGGAGUUUCUUCUUUACAGUCUGGCUAUCAAUGUCUCCUGUUUCUUUAGGUUCAUGAUUGUGGCUUUUAGUGCUGAGGAAUAUUCUGAUUCUAACUACCUGUAAUAUAUAUUUAUAAAUGUAAAUAUGUUUUAUGAA